UGCCUCGGCGCCACUCUCGCUUCGCCCUCGCCGAGAGACUCAGCCGCCGCGCCCGCAGCGCAUCUCCGGCCGAGCCGGCGGCGCUGCUCCUGGAGAAGCAGAUGCCCGACGAGGGCGACCCCCGGGCGCCCCGCCUGCGGGUGGGCAUGCCGCGGCUGGCUCCCCUCCUGGGCCUCUGCCUCUGGCUCCAGCUCCCUUUCCCGGGCUCGGGCGCUCGGCUGGACUUCCGCGUGCUGGAGGAGCAGCCUGCCGGCACCUGGGUGGGCAGCUUUCCCGCGGAUUUCGUCUUCCCAGACUCCAAUGCCUUGUACCGGCUGGAGACGGGCGCCCCCCACCUGCGUGUGGACGGCAAGACUGGCGAGAUCUACACGGCGACCCGCCUGGAUCGGGAGAGCCUGCCGGAGUGCCGCCUGCUCUUCCCGUGGGAGCCCUGCUACCUGGACUUGGAGGUUCUCUUCGUGGAUCUGCUGAGCAACAGCCCGCGCCUGCUGCAGGGGCGUGUGGAGGUGCUGGAUGUCAACGACAACAGCCCCCGCUUCGAGUCUCCUGUCUUCACGCUGGCCGUCCCCGAAAACAGCGGCGUCGGGACGAUCUUCCCGCUUCCACCGGCCACGGACGCCGAUACUGGAACCAACGGGGUGGCUUCCUACCAGCUCCUGCCUGGUUCUGAUGCCCGCCACCUUUUUGGCUUGCGGGUGGCUGAGGACCAAGACGAGAAGCAGCCUCAACUGAUUGUCAUGGGAAACUUAGACCGGAAAGAGGCCGAGUCCUACAACCUCACCUUCCGAGCGCAAGACGGGGGCCACCCACCCCGUGCUGGCAGUGCCCUGCUGCACGUCAGAAUUCUGGACGUGAAUGACAACGCGCCUGCAUUCGAGAAGCCCCUCUAUGAGGCGGAGCUGCUGAAGAGCAGUCCCGUGGGCCGCUCCGUACUGCAGGUUAAGGCUGAGGAUUCUGACGAGGGGGCCAAUGCUGAGAUUGAUUAUUUCUUCCACUCCGCCUCGCCUGCAGUUCGUAGGUUGUUACAGCUGGAUAGGACCACGGGACGUAUCACUGUACGAGCUCCUGUUGACCGGGAAGAUGUCAAGGUUCUCAAGUUCAUAGUGCUGGCCAGGGACAGGGGGGUCAGUCCCCAAACUGCCCAUGCCCGGGUAGUGAUCAGCAUCAGGGACAUAAUGAAUGGCACCCCAACCACAGAGAGCCAUGAUAAAAUAUUUCAGUACAUUGAUGAACAUCAGAAUGAAUACGUGCAGAGGCUCAAAGACUGGGUGGCCAUUGAAAGUGAUUCCAGUGACCCUCUGAAGAGGCAUCUGCUAAUAAACAUGGUGCAUCUAGCGGAAGAGCGGAUUAAACAGUUAGGAGGAACAGUUGAAUUGGCAGGACUGGGUGUGCAAGAAUUACCCAAUGGAAAUACAAUUCCCUUGCCACCUGUCAUUCUGGCAAAUAUUGGAAAUGACCCUAAAAAGCCCACUGUUUGUUUUUAUGGCCAUCUGGAUGUGCAGCCAGCCAAAUUAGAGGAUGGAUGGUCAACAGAGCCAUAUAUUUUGACAGAAAGAAAUGGUCGUCUGUAUGGUCGUGGCACCUCUGAUGACAAAGGACAGAUUCUGGCUGUACUGAAUGCGGUAGAAGCCCUUCAAAGACAUCAGGAACUCCCUGUGAAUGUAAAGUUUCUGCUAGAAAGCAUGGAGGAAGUGGGAUCCACAGGGCUCUUUGAGCUGGUUGAACAGAGGAACAGUACCUUUUUUUCAGAUGUCAACUACAUUAUAGUCACAGAUACCUCAUGGAUCAGCAACAAGCCUGGUAUUACAUAUGGAACAAGGGGGAACUGCUAUUUCUUUGUUGAGGUGGAAUGCGCAAAACAGGACUUGCAUUCAGGGAGCUUUGGAGGCAUAAUUCAUGAAGCGACUAAUGACUUGAUAUUUUUGUUGAGUACUCUUGUUAAUUCUUCUGGGCAUAUUCUGAUCCCUGGAAUCUAUGAAGCUGUUGCUCCUCUUACAGAAAAAGAAAAGGAGCUUUAUGAGAGAACUGAAUUUAAUUUUCAGAAGAUAAAGGCCAAAUUUGGAAUAAAGAACUUUACGUAUAACACUAAACAAGAAAUAUUAAUGCAUCGCUCACGAUACCCAUCUUUGUCUAUCCAUGGAAUUGAGGGAGCUUUCUCUGCAUCUGGAACUAAGACUGUAAUCCCUGCUAGAGUAAUUGGAAAAUUUUCAUUACGUCUGGUUCCUAAUAUGGAACCCACAGUAGUGAUAAAACAGGUGACUGAUUAUUUGAAGAAGAAAUUUGCUGAAUGGAACAGUCCCAACCAUCUUGAAGUAACUUCUGUAAUAGGAGCGAAGCCAUGGAUUUCUGAUACAGAUGAACCACUCUAUUUGGCUGGAAGAAAGGCAAUAAAAAAAGUAUUUCAGGUUGAGGCUGACUUGAUCCGUGCAGGUGGAACAAUUCCAAUUGGUUCACAUUUCCAGGAGGUAACUGGAAAGAAAAUAAUGUUUCUAGGAAUAGGAGGGCCAGAUGAUGCUCCCCAUGGUCAAAAUGAAAAGAUCAACAGGUCCAAUUUCAUCGAGGGAACCAAACUAUAUGCUGCUUUACUUCAAGAACUUGCUUCUUUCUAGAAAAUAUGGCACAAUCAUAACAACAGUCCAGAACUAUAGCUUCCUGUGUCCUGUUCAAAAGGAUUCUUAGAAGCACACACAAAUGAAUUCCAUUAAAGUAAAUGAAAUGCUAUUUAAAUAAAAAACAGUUUAAUUUUGGGAAACUAUACAAUUUUUCAAACUGAAAUUAGUCGCUCUGAUCUAUUUGUUCAGUGUCUCCAAGUCCAAUUAACUGCAAUUCCAUAUACAUUCACUUGUAAGCAAAAUGGAGAGGAAUGGGCCAAACAUUUUCUAACUAAAAGAAAAUUAUAUAUAAUCUGAAGGAAAAAGCGUGUUAUUUUUCUUUCAGAUUUUACAGUUGUCUUUACAGGUAAGUUCAUAGGCCCACUUCACUAUGCACUGUUGCCAUACAAUGUGCUUCAUUUCAAUGGGACUUAAGUGAAAUCAAGGGUUGAUAAACUGGACACAUUUGUAAUUCAGUCUUGCUCUAUACAUGCUAUGAAAUUAAGUGACAGAAUGAAUUGUACUUCUUUGGAUUAAAAGUAAAUUCUAUUUUACCCCUCCUGUUUUUUUCCCCUGCUGCUAUUGUGGCUCCCAUUUAUCAUAAAGCCUAAAUCCUGCAAAUAUACACAAAACAAGAAAUGAUAUGCAAAGUAUAAAAAAGUGAAUAACCAUGUAUUAAAACAAUGAACAAGA